AUGGUGAACUGGAGGGAAGCCGCAACUGAGCGGGCUGAGCUCGCAGGCAUGGAGGCGAUGUCUCUGGUGCUAAUAGGGAUAUAUCUACACGAGAUGGCUUGUUCCUUGAAGUUCGACCUCAGACUGAUGGCAACCGCGAGAGAUGGGUCGAGCGACUCUGUUCUCGCGAAAUGCGUCAAAGCGACGUACCUGGGCUGCCGUCAUUCGGUUCUCAUAGCGGCUAUCCUGGAACUCUACAUGGUCUUCCGCUCCGGCAGAGGGGCGAUCCCCUGUUAUGGUAUCAUGAAGGUGUCCGCGGGAACGGCCGCUCUCUCUUCCACAUGUUGCUCAGCGCUGAUCGCUGCCCGAACGAUGGUCGUAUGGAACUGGGAUGCGCGCAUUACAACGCUUGUAAGCGCAGUCUGUUUAGCGGCUCUUGUAACGGACAUACGAGUCGUUGUUAUGUUAUUCUCUUCGUACGAUACCGUCAGCUGUUUCUGUACUCUAACAGACGAGAGCGCGAACCUGCCGAACAUUCUCGCGCUUCUUGUCUGUGACUUCGUUCUGCUUGUAUGCUUACUGGCAGGUCUCUACCGAUGGCAUCACCCAACGAAAGGGUCGCGUGGGUUCAGUCUUUGGUCUGUGCUUUGGAUGCAAGGCGUAUUAUAUCUUAUCAUCGCAUCUGUGACGGAGGUUCCUGCGCUGGUCUUCCUGUUCUUGAACUUGAACACGGCCAUGGACAUUAUCUUCACAAGACCCCUGAUCGUGCUGCUGGUUCUUGCGGCGACGCGAUUCCACCGGUCACUGCACGCCUUUACUCCUAACAAGCCUCGCCAUGAGUUCACAGACACUAUCCACUUUGCGACGGUAGAUGUCGGGGCAAGUCGCAGCCAAACUUGCUGA